UAAUUUCCAAUGAAAAGCAUUGUAUCCGAAGGAUCUCGUCUGUUCACAACAAACGACUAAUAUAUCGUCGGAGUAGCGUCCAAUGUGCAGCACCGAUACCGGUACCGUAGGCGGAGCUGCUCAAACCCCACUAAUAAACCCCCGCCUGCUGCGUCACUUCGAAGCUUCAAAAGUUCGUUGACUCAGAUUUACCCUGUCACAUUCAACAAUCAUGGACGCAGAGCAUUUCACCUCCCCAAAAUCCGAGUUUCCGAAGAAGAAGUGCGGUGUUCUUGGGGCGACUGGUUCAGUCGGACAGCGCUUCAUCCUCCUUCUCGCGCUUCACCCUCAUUUCGUGUUACACGCUGUCGGCGCAUCUGAACGGUCUGCAGGCAAGAAGUACAAAGAUGCGGUCAAAUGGAAGCAGGCUAUACCUUUCACCGAUCGAAUUGGUGAAUUGGUGGUGAAGAAAUGCGUGCCAGAAGAGUUCGCAGAUUGCGACCUGGUAUUCUCUGGUUUGGACAGCGACGUUGCCGGUGAUGUUGAAAUGGCUUUCUUGAAAUCGAACCUCGCAGUGUUUUCCAACGCCAAAAAUUACCGCCGCGACCCGCUCGUCCCCCUCGUAGUUCCUACCGUCAACCUGCCACAUUUGGAUGUCAUUAAGCAUCAAAGAAAACAUCAUGGCUUGGAGAAGGGUUUCCUGGUCUGCAAUUCCAACUGCGCAGUCAUUGGUAUCGUCAUUCCAUUUGCUGCUCUUCAAGACAAGUUCGGGCCUGUAGACCAAGUGUCAGUGGUCACGAUGCAAGCCGUUUCGGGAGCUGGUUACCCAGGCGUCAGCAGCAUGGAUAUCAUCGACAACGUGGUCCCCUUCAUAUCCGGAGAAGAAGACAAACUUGAAACAGAGGCACAGAAGAUAUUGGGUGGUGUGAACGGCGAUGUCACGGGAUUCGUUGACCAGCCCAUGAAGAUCUCUGCGUCUUGCAAUCGCGUGCCAGUUUUGGAUGGACACACAGCCUGUGUAUCAUUGCGGUUCCAGAGACGUCCUCCACCCAGCGCCGAGGAAGUCAAGCAGGCAAUGAGAGACUACGUGUCUGAGGCACAGAAACUAGGCUGCCCUUCUGCUCCUAGCAAGGCUAUCGCGGUAAUGGAUGCUCCUGAUCGACCCCAGCCCAGGCUGGAUCGCGAGACUGAUCGGGGUUACGCUGUGAGUGUGGGGCGCAUAAGAGAGGACGAAGCAGGCAUUUUCGACAUCAAAUUCGUUGCUCUUAGUCACAACACUGUCAUUGGAGCGGCGGGUUCAUCUAUACUGAACGCAGAGGCAGCGGUACUCAAGGGAUUCGCAUAG